CUCUCCAAGCUUUUGUUCUUCUUCCAAUCCCUUCUUUUUCUUAGUCACAUCAGACAAAAUCAGAAUAAAUAAUAAUAAAAAAUACAAAACACCUACAUUCCUACCUUAUAAGCUUCUGACAUUUUGAAUCUCCAUAUAUACAUACAUAUUUCAUUUACUAAUUUAAUAUUAAUAUUAUUAUUGUGACUUGCAACAGGCACAGUUGCACAAAGAUAUUGUUAUAUAAAGCAUUGGAGUUUGUAAUAUUAUUGUUGAAUAGAGUUUUUCAAUAUAUGUAUAUAUAUAUGAAAGGGAAAUGAAACAGGAGAUAAAUCAUAAUCAGCAUCAAGGGGAGUGUUCUUAUUCUUCAUCUUCUUACAAUAUGAUGCAUCAACACAACAUGAUGAUGAUGAGUGAUGAGAUGAUCUUUGGAGGAGGAAGAGGCUUCAUCAAUAGCAACAAUAUGAACAUGAUGAACAUGAAUAUGAACAUGUUGUCUUCUUCUGAUCAAAUGAUGCAUCAGCAGCAGCAGCAGCAGCAGCAACCAUGGUCCAUGCCAUCAAUACAAGAACUACCCUUCAACAACCAUGAAUCGUUUAUUGUGCCUCCACAACAACAACAACAACAAGCUUCACCAUAUGCAAGCUUCUUCAACAGUAGAAGGGUUCAUCCAUCAUCGUCAUCUUCCAUGCAGUUUGCAGCAGCAUAUCAUCAUCAUGAGGGUGCUACUUCAUCAUUUGAUCUGCAAGCUGAACUGAGCAAGAUGACUGCUCAGGAAAUCAUGGAGGCUAAGGCUCUUGCUGCUUCCAAAAGCCACAGUGAAGCUGAGAGGAGGCGUAGAGAGAGGAUCAAUAAUCAUCUUUCUAAGCUCAGAAGCUUGUUGCCUAGCACCACCAAAACAGAUAAAGCAUCAUUGCUAGCAGAAGUGAUUCAACAUGUGAAGGAACUGAAACGGCAAACAUCAAUGAUCGCAGAGACGAGUUCAGUUCCAACAGAAUCCGACGAGCUCACUGUGGACGAUGCAUCUGAUGAAGAUGGCAAAUUGGUAAUUAAAGCCUCUUUGUGCUGCGAAGAUAGGUCCGAUCUCUUGCCUGAACUCAUCAAAACCUUGAAAUCAAUGAAGCUUCGAACCCUCAAAGCAGAUAUCACUACACUCGGUGGCCGUGUCAAGAACGUCUUGUUCAUCACCGCUGAACAAGAUUACUACUCAUCAUCCACCGGCAAUGAGGAUCAUCAUCAUCAACAUGACCAUAAUAAUAGUUACCAAUACUGCAUUAGUUCAAUACAGGAAGCUUUGAAGGCAGUUAUGGAGAAAAGUAAUGGCGGUGUUGGGAAUGAGCCUGGUUCUUCUUCUGCAAGUGUCAAGAGACAAAGGACUAAUAUCAUAUCCUCCAUAUCUUAGAUCCAACGCUUUUAAAUUGCGGUUGGCAACGGUUAUUUAUUAGGUGAAAACUCAUGUGUAAUUGUAUUCGUAUAAAUCAAUUUUAUAUGAAAAUAAUUAUACGUGAAUUUUCACCUGUUUAUUAACUAAAGUUGAAGGUCUUUAUAAAAUUUUAGCGGAUUAAAGGCCUAGUUUAGUUUGUUGUUAUAUAUUUUUAUAUAUCUUUUGAUUUGAAUUAUAUUAUUUAUAUUGUAAUCUUUUGUUUUUGGGGGUGUUUUUUUCAUGGUGUGCUGAGAAAUGUGAUUACUACUACUACUACAAUGUAUGUUGUUGUGUCCUCUAUAUAUCAACAUCAUCAUAUAUUUGAAGGAAUGAGGUAAUGAUAAUAUGAUGUGUUUAGUGUUUA